AUGGAUCCUUAUACUCAACAUUGUUGCUUUCAAAACCUGUUAAACAGUCAACAACCAAUCACUCAAAACCCUUAUCAGCCUGUCCCUCGUGAGCCAACUGUUGAAGUCUCUGCGUCAGAUGCCUCUAUGUUCGGAUCACAAAGGACUGAAGAUGGCAACGAAGAUGCAGAGAUCUUGUCUGACCGUAAAGAGAGAAGAAAAUGGUCACCAACAGAAGAUGGGGUGCUGAUAAGUGCUUGGCUGAACACCUCGAAAGACCCAGUGGUUGGAAAUGAGCAGAAAGCAGUUGCGUUUUGGAAACGCAUUGCUGCUUAUUUUGCUGUGAGUCUAAAGCUGGAUGGCGCGCAAAAGAGGAAGCUAACACACUGUAAAGCGAGAUGGAUUAAGAUUAAUGAGGGCGUGUGUAAGUUUGUUAGGUGUUAUGAAGCGGCAACGAAGCAGAGAUCGAGUGGACAGAACGAGGAUGACGUUUUGAAGUUGGCUCACAUGAUUUUCUUCAAUGAUCACAAGGCCAAGUUCACACUAGAGCAUGCCUGGUUAGAGCUACGCUAUGAUCAGAAAUAG